UUGUCUUGAAACUGCAAAGUAAGCAUGCUUAUUUUACGAAUUUUACUAUUAUCUGUGCUAAUUUUACAAAUUUGUUACGCAUAUGGGAGCCCAAGUCAAGGAAAAAUAUAUUCUAAAAAUGAAGCACCACAUGGAUAUAUACCAUUUGAGAACAGUUUUUAUAAAUAUCAUCGAGUUCCACAAACCUGGGCAAAAGCUAGACAAAUAUGUGAUGCUGAAGGUGGUUAUUUAGCAAUAAUAAAUUCCGAGGAUGAAGCUAAUUUUUUAAUUCAAAUGAUGGCUAAAUAUCCUGUUGAUGUAUUAACUGAUGUUAGACAUAAGAAUAAUGUAUUAGUCGGAUUCCAUGAUUAUUUCGAAGAAGGGGAAUUUGUAACAAUUGAUGGAAAAUCACUAGAAAAUUCAGGUUACGUGUAUUGGGCACCAGGACAACCUAAUAAUUAUGGUGGAAAUGAGCAAUGUGGUUCUUUAUGGCGCAAAGGUGGUUUAACUGAUUUCCCAUGUGCAACUUCAUCACCUUUUAUUUGUGAAAUUUCUUCAGACACGCUAUGCACCAUAAGAGAUGUAGAAAACAGUAACCAAUAAAAUACAAAUCAGAGCAAAUUAGUUCCAAGAAUAUAGGACAUUCGUUCAAUUGGCAAAGAUGAUUAAUUUUAAUGCCAUUAGACCAUUACUAUUUGAGUUAUUUAACAUGGCAUUGUUCUUCCAUCACUAUUGAAUCAUUUAUUAUUUUUAUAAA